AUGAUGAACGAAGAUGCAGCUCAGAAAAGCGACAGCGGAGAGAAGUUCAAUGGCAGUAGUCAGAGAAGAAAAAGACCCAAAAAGUCUGACAGCAAUGCAAGCUUCCUCCGUGCUGCCAGAGCAGGUAACCUGGACAAAGUAGUGGAAUAUCUGAAGGGGGGCAUAGACAUCAAUACCUGCAAUCAGAAUGGACUCAACGCUCUCCAUUUGGCUGCCAAGGAGGGCCAUGUGGGCCUGGUUCAGGAGCUGCUGGGAAGAGGGUCCUCUGUGGAUUCUGCCACUAAGAAGGGGAACACUGCUCUUCACAUUGCAUCUUUGGCUGGACAAGCAGAAGUUGUCAAAGUUCUUGUUAAGGAAGGAGCCAAUAUUAAUGCACAGUCUCAGAAUGGCUUCACUCCUUUAUACAUGGCUGCCCAAGAGAACCACAUUGAUGUUGUAAAAUAUUUGCUUGAAAAUGGAGCUAAUCAGAGCACUGCUACUGAGGAUGGCUUUACGCCACUAGCUGUGGCACUCCAGCAAGGACACAACCAGGCAGUGGCCAUCCUCUUGGAGAAUGACACCAAAGGGAAAGUGAGGCUGCCGGCUCUGCAUAUCGCAGCGAGGAAAGACGACACCAAAUCUGCCGCACUCCUGCUUCAGAACGAUCACAACGCUGACGUACAAUCCAAGAUGAUGGUGAAUAGGACCACCGAGAGUGGUUUUACCCCUUUGCACAUUGCCGCCCACUAUGGAAAUGUCAACGUGGCAACUCUUCUUCUAAACCGGGGAGCUGCUGUGGACUUCACAGCGAGGAAUGGAAUCACCCCUCUGCAUGUGGCUUCCAAAAGGGGAAACACAAACAUGGUGAAGCUCUUACUGGAUCGUGGUGGUCAGAUCGAUGCCAAAACUAGGGAUGGGUUGACACCCCUUCACUGUGCUGCAAGAAGUGGACAUGACCAAGUGGUAGAACUUCUGUUGGAACGGGGUGCUCCCUUGCUGGCAAGGACUAAGAAUGGGCUGUCUCCACUUCACAUGGCUGCACAGGGGGACCAUGUGGAAUGUGUGAAGCACCUUUUACAGCACAAGGCGCCUGUUGACGAUGUCACCCUAGACUACCUGACGGCCCUCCACGUUGCUGCACACUGUGGCCACUACCGUGUCACCAAACUCCUUCUGGACAAAAGAGCCAAUCCAAACGCCAGAGCUCUGAAUGGUUUUACUCCACUGCACAUUGCCUGCAAGAAAAACCGCAUCAAAGUCAUGGAACUGCUGGUGAAAUAUGGGGCUUCAAUCCAAGCUAUCACAGAGUCUGGCCUCACACCAAUACAUGUGGCUGCCUUCAUGGGCCACUUGAACAUUGUCCUCCUUCUGCUGCAGAACGGAGCCUCUCCAGAUGUCACUAACAUUCGUGGGGAGACUGCAUUGCACAUGGCAGCCCGGGCAGGGCAGGUGGAAGUGGUCCGAUGCCUCCUGAGAAAUGGUGCCCUUGUCGAUGCCAGAGCCAGGGAGGAACAGACGCCUUUGCACAUUGCCUCUCGCCUUGGUAAGACAGAAAUUGUCCAGCUGCUUCUACAACAUAUGGCUCAUCCAGAUGCAGCCACAACAAAUGGGUACACGCCCCUGCACAUCUCUGCCAGGGAAGGCCAGGUAGAUGUGGCAUCAGUCCUCUUGGAAGCAGGAGCAGCCCACUCUUUAGCUACCAAGAAAGGUUUCACUCCCCUGCAUGUAGCAGCCAAGUAUGGAAGCCUGGAUGUGGCAAAACUCCUCUUGCAACGCCGUGCUGCCGCAGAUUCUGCAGGGAAGAAUGGCCUUACCCCACUCCAUGUUGCUGCUCAUUAUGACAACCAGAAGGUGGCACUGCUGUUACUGGAGAAGGGUGCUUCCCCUCAUGCCACUGCCAAGAAUGGCUAUACUCCUUUACAUAUUGCUGCCAAGAAGAAUCAAAUGCAGAUCGCUUCCACACUCCUGAACUAUGGAGCGGAGACUAACAUUGUAACAAAGCAAGGAGUAACCCCACUCCAUCUGGCCUCACAGGAGGGGCACACGGAUAUGGUCACCUUGCUUCUGGAUAAGGGAGCCAAUAUUCACAUGUCAACUAAGAGUGGACUCACAUCUUUACAUCUUGCAGCCCAGGAAGAUAAAGUGAAUGUUGCUGACAUUCUUACUAAGCAUGGGGCUGACCAGGAUGCUCACACAAAGCUUGGUUACACUCCUUUAAUUGUGGCCUGUCACUAUGGAAAUGUGAAAAUGGUCAACUUUCUUCUGAAGCAGGGUGCGAAUGUCAACGCAAAAACCAAGAACGGCUACACGCCUUUGCACCAGGCCGCCCAGCAGGGCCACACGCACAUCAUCAACGUCCUGCUGCAGCACGGGGCCAAGCCCAACGCCACGACCGCGAAUGGCAACACUGCCUUGGCGAUUGCUAAGCGUCUGGGCUACAUCUCCGUGGUCGACACCCUGAAGGUUGUAACGGAGGAGGUCACCACCACCACCACGACUAUUACGGAAAAACACAAGCUAAAUGUUCCUGAGACGAUGACUGAGGUUCUUGAUGUUUCUGAUGAGGAGGGUGAUGACACAAUGACAGGUGAUGGAGGAGAAUACCUAAGACCCGAGGAUCUGAAAGAGCUGGGUGAUGACUCUCUACCCAGCAGCCAGUUCCUGGAUGGUAUGAAUUACCUGCGAUACAGCUUGGAGGGAGCCCGCUCAGACAGCCUUCGAUCCUUCAGUUCCGACAGGUCUCACACCCUGAGCCAUGCCUCUUACCUGAGGGACAGUGCCAUGAUUGACGACACGGUUGUCAUCCCCAGUCACCAGGUGUCAACUCUAGCCAAGGAAGCAGAAAGGAAUUCUUAUCGCCUCAGCUGGGGCACUGAGAACUUAGACAACGUGGCUCUUUCUUCCAGCCCUAUUCAUUCAGGUUUCCUGGUUAGUUUUAUGGUGGAUGCCCGAGGUGGUGCGAUGAGAGGGUGCAGACACAAUGGGCUCCGUAUCAUUAUUCCACCUCGGAAAUGUACUGCCCCAACUCGAGUCACCUGCCGUCUUGUCAAACGUCAUAGACUGGCGACAAUGCCUCCAAUGGUGGAAGGAGAAGGCCUGGCCAGUCGUCUGAUCGAAGUCGGACCUUCUGGUGCUCAGUUCCUUGGUAAACUUCACCUGCCAACGGCCCCUCCCCCACUUAAUGAGGGAGAAAGUUUGGUCAGCCGCAUCCUUCAGCUGGGGCCUCCUGGAACCAAAUUCCUUGGGCCUGUGAUCGUGGAGAUUCCUCAUUUUGCUGCCCUUCGAGGAAAGGAGAGGGAACUGGUGGUCCUGCGCAGUGAGAAUGGGGACAGCUGGAAAGAGCAUUACUGCGAAUACACUGAAGACGAAUUGAAUGAAAUCCUUAAUGGCAUGGAUGAAGUGCUGGAUAGCCCGGAAGACCUAGAAAAGAAACGGAUCUGUCGCAUCAUCACCCGCGACUUCCCACAGUACUUUGCAGUGGUGUCUCGGAUCAAACAGGACAGCAACCUGAUUGGCCCCGAGGGGGGCGUGCUGAGCAGCACAGUGGUGCCCCAGGUGCAGGCCGUCUUCCCAGAGGGGGCGCUAACCAAGAGGAUCCGUGUAGGCCUACAGGCUCAACCUAUGCACAGUGAGCUGGUUAAGAAGAUUCUAGGCAACAAAGCUACCUUCAGCCCUAUAGUCACUUUGGAACCUAGAAGAAGAAAAUUCCACAAGCCAAUUACCAUGACCAUUCCUGUCCCCAAAGCUUCAAGUGAUGUCAUGUUGAAUGGUUUUGGGGGAGAUGCACCAACCUUAAGAUUACUAUGCAGCAUAACAGGUGGAACCACCCCUGCACAAUGGGAAGAUAUUACAGGAACUACGCCAUUAACAUUUGUCAAUGAAUGUGUUUCCUUUACAACCAAUGUGUCUGCCAGGUUCUGGCUGAUAGAUUGUCGGCAAAUCCAGGAAUCUGUUACCUUUGCAUCACAAGUGUAUAGAGAAAUUAUCUGUGUACCAUAUAUGGCCAAAUUUGUUGUGUUUGCCAAGUCACAUGACCCCAUUGAAGCCAGGUUGAGAUGUUUCUGCAUGACUGAUGAUAAGGUGGAUAAGACCCUUGAACAACAAGAAAAUUUUGCUGAGGUGGCCAGAAGCAGGGAUGUAGAGGUACUAGAAGGAAAACCAAUCUAUGUGGAUUGUUUUGGCAACCUGGUGCCAUUAACCAAGAGUGGCCAACAUCAUAUAUUCAGUUUUUUUGCCUUUAAAGAAAACCGACUUCCUCUCUUUGUCAAGGUACGUGAUACGACUCAGGAACCUUGCGGGCGACUAUCAUUUAUGAAAGAGCCCAAAUCCACAAGAGGCCUGGUGCAUCAAGCUAUUUGCAACUUAAACAUCACCCUGCCAAUUUAUACAAAGGAAUCAGAGUCAGAUCAAGAACAGGAGGAAGAGAUCGAUAUGACAUCAGAAAAAAAUGAUGAGACAGAAUCUACAGAAACAUCUGUCCUGAAAAGUCAUCUGGUUAAUGAAGUUCCUGUCCUAGCCAGUCCGGACUUGCUCUCUGAAGUUUCUGAGAUGAAACAAGAUUUGAUCAAAAUGACCGCCAUCUUGACCACAGAUGUAUCUGAUAGGGCAGGUUCUAUCAAAGUGAAGGAGCUGGUGAAGGCUGCUGAGGAAGAGCCAGGAGAGCCUUUUGAAAUUGUUGAAAGAGUUAAAGAGGACUUAGAGAAAGUGAAUGAAAUCCUGAGAAGUGGAACCUGCACGAGAGAUGAAGGCAGUGUGCCGAGGUCUCAGUCGGAGAAAGAAUUAGUGGAAGAGGAAUGGGUAAUUGUCAGUGAUGAGGAAAUAGAGGAGGCUAGGCUAAAAGCACCCUUAGAAAUCACCGAAUACCCAUGUGUAGAAGUUAGGAUAGAUAAAGAGGGUGACGUAAAAGUAGAGAAAGACUCAACUGGGCUAGUGAACUACCUUACUGAGGAUCUAAAGUCGUAUGUGUCUCCUCAUGAAAAGAAACAGCAGACAGCUCAAGAGAUAGCAGGGGAGAAAUGUGAGGCCCUGGCUGUGGGCAGGAGCUCUGAAAAUGAAGGGAAAGAUGCACCCCCAGGUGAGACACAGAGUGCACAGAAACAACACAAACCAAGCCUGGGCAUAAAGAAGCCAGUGAGAAGGAAAUUAAAAGAAAAACAGAAACAAAAAGAGGAAAGCGUACAAGGUAGUACAGAAAAAAGUGAACUUAAAAAAUGUAGUUCCGAAGAGUCAUUAGAUGAAGACACCGGUUUAGCCCCUGAGCCUCUUCCCACCGUAAAGGCCACUUCACCUUUGAUAGAAGAGACUCCCAUUGGUUCCAUAAAGGACAAAGUAAAGGCCCUUCAGAAACGAGUGGAAGAUGAACAAAAAGGUCGAAGCAAGUUGCCUGUCCGCGUCAAAGGCAAAGAGGAUGUGCCAAAAAAGAUAACCCACAGGACACAUCCAGCUGUAUCACCCUCUCCGAAGUCAGAGAGGCAUGGACCAGCAUCACCCUCUUCUAAAACAGAAAGACACUCUUCUCUUUCCGCCUCUACAAAAACUGAAAGGCAUUCUGCAAUAUCACCAUCAAGUAAAACUGAGAAACACUCCCCUGUGUCUCCCUCUGCAAAAACUGAAAGGCACUCACCUGUGUCAUCAAGUAAAACUGAGAAACACUCACCUGUGUCACCCUCGACAAAAACUGAAAGACACUCCCCUGUGUCAUCUACAAAAACAGAGAGACACCCACCUGUUUCACCUUCAGGUAAAAUGGACAAACGCCCACCUGUAUCGCCUUCUGGGAGAACAGAGAAACAUGCCCCAGUAUCACCCGGGAGAACAGAAAAACGCUUGCCUGUAUCACCAGCUGGAAGAAUGGAAAAGCAUCCACCUGUAUCAACCUCUGGGAAAACUGAGAAACACUUGCCUGUGUCGCCUUCUGGGAAAACAGAAAAGCAACCACCUGUAUCCCCCACCUCAAAAACAGAAAGAAUCGAGGAGACCAUGUCUGUUCGGGAGUUGAUGAAGGCUUUCCAGUCAGGUCAGGACCCAUCUAAACAUAAGACUGGACUCUUUGAGCACAAAUCCGCAAAACAAAAGCAGCCACAAGAAAAAGGCAAAGUUCGGGUAGAAAAAGAAAAGGGGCAGAUGCCAACCCAGAGAGAAACACAGAAAACAGAGAGUCACACAAUCAAACGAGGUCAGAGAUUUGUGGUAACGGGAGUUACCGAAUCCAAAAGAGCGGUCCGUGCUUCCUCCAUAGGGCUUAAGAGAGAAGAGGUAGCUGUAGAGAAGGAGAAAGUUCUUGGCCACAAAACACCUGAACCUGUUCAGUCAGCACCAGAAGAAGAAAGCCAUAAAGAGAGCGAAGUCCCCAAAGAAAAGCUGGCAGAUGAACAGGGAGACCUGGAUCUCCAGAUCAGCCCAGACAGGAAGACCUCCACUGACUUUUCUGAUGUCAUUAAGCAAGAAUUGGAAGACAAUGACAAAUACCAACAGUUCCGAAUGAGUGAGGAGACUGAAGAAGUACAGCUUCACCUAGACCAAGUGCUCACUAGUCCUUUCAACACAACAUUUCCACUAGAUUACAUGAAAGAUGAAUUUCUUCCAGCUCUGUCUUUACAAAGUGGUGCUUUGGAUGGCAGUUCUGAGAGCCUAAAGCCUGAAGGGGUGGCAGGUUCUCCAUGUGGCAGCCUGAUGGAAGGGACCCCUCAGAUUAGUUCAGAAGAAAGCUACAAGCAUGAGGGCCUAGCAGAGACCCCUGAGACAAGCCCAGAAAGCCUUUCUUUCUCACCAAAGAAAAAUGAGGAGCAAAUUGGGGAAAUAAGCGAACCUACCAAGUUAGAAGCACCAACAGAAAUUCGUUCUGAAAAAGAACAUCCCUCAAUAAAAGACACUACUGAUGGUUCUGAAGAGCAAGGUGCUCUAGUCACUGAAGGCACAGAGCCCUCAGCUGAGUGUUUGCUGAAGGAGACCACCCUAGAGCCUUCCAAAGACACAUGCCCCAAACAAGAAGAUGAUUCCCUUGGCAGCUGUAGUGUGUUAGCAAAAGAAACACCCAAAGAAUUGCCUGAGGAAGCAUCCUCUGAUGAGGGUCAACUUAAAUAUGGUGGUUCAGCCCACAAGACACAAACUGAUACUGAAGCUCAGAAAUCCACAACCACCAAGCCCUCAGAUGAGACCAAGUCCUCUCCACUGCCUGAUGCUUCUGUAAAGACAGGCACAGGGGCUGAAUCAAAGCCCCAGGGAGUAGCUAGAAGUCCCCAAGGGUUAGAACUUGCACUCCCUAGCCGAGAUAGUGAGGUCCUCAGCCCUGGUGCUGAUGAGUCAUUUGCAGUGAGCCACAGAGACUCCCUGGAAGCCAGCCCUGUGCUAGAGGAUAACUCCUCACACAAAACUCCAGAUUCUCUGGAGCCAAGUCCUCUGAAAGAAUCCCCUUGCCGUGACUCUCUUGAAAGCAGUCCUGUGGAACCAAAGAUGAAGGCUGGAGUUCUCCCAAGUCACUUUCCUCUUCCUGCAGCCGUAGCCAAAACAGAAAUCUUCACGGAAGUGGCCUCGAUGCGGUCCCGGCUGCUCCGAGACCCAGACGGCAGUGCUGAAGAUGACAGUCUUGAGCAGACAUCACUGGUAGAGAGCUCAGGGAAGAGCCCUCUUUCUCCUGACACCCCCAGCUCUGAAGAAAUUAGCUAUGAGGUUACGCCCAAAGCCACAGAUACAAGCACACCCAAACCAGCUGUAAUUCAUGAAUGUGCAGAGGAGGAUGACUUGGAAAAUGGGGAGAAAAAGAGAUUUACACCUGAAGAGGAAAUGUUUAAAAUGGUAACCAAAAUCAAAACGUUUGAUGAACUUGAACAAGAAGCAAAGCAGAAAAGGGACUACAGAAAAGAACCCAAGCAAGAAGAAUCUUCUUCAUCCUCUGACCCAGAUGCUGACUGUUUAGCAGGUGUGGAUGAACCAAAACGUAUGGAGAGUGUAGAGGAUGAAAACAAUGUCCCUGUGGUAGUAACAUCAGAGAGCAGAAAGGCUUCUUCCUCCUCAGAAAGUGAACCUGAGUUGGCACAGCUGAAACAAGGUGCUGACUCAGGCCUCAUACCAGAGCCAGUUAUUCGAGUGCAGCCUCCUUCCCCACUUCCAUCCAGCAUAGACUCCAAUUCUAGUCCUGAAGAAGUACAGUUUCAGCCUAUUGUUUCCAAACAAUACACUUUCAAGAUGAAUGAAGAUACUCAGGAAGAAUCAGGUAAAUCAGAGGAAGAAAAAGAUCAUGAACCCCACAUACCUGAGGACAGUCAUACCAUUUCUUCCAGUGGCCCAGAUACAUCUUAUGAUGAUCUGAACAGAUGUGCUGAUCAACCAGAAGUCUGUGAUGGCCAUGAGUGUGAGGCUGGGAGUCCUAGUGGCUCAGUAACUCCUGUAUCUUCAGGUCUCCGCAGCCCCACUGGGGGAGAAAUCAAUGAACAGCUAGUUAUCCAUAAAGAACCAUUACCUCUCCAAGACACUGAUGACAAAAACAUAGAAGAAGAAGAGCUUAAUGUUUCUAGAGUGGAAUCUCUACAAGUAGAUUGCCCCAGUGAAAGCUCUUCAUCUUUGUCCUCUUUUCCUCAUUGUCCAGCAUCUGAAGGAAAAGAAUUAGAUGAAGACAUCGCCUCUCCAUCUUCUUCAAAAAUGGAAGACACCAAAACUGACCAAGAAUUUGAGAACUCACCAAAGGACCAUUCCACUCAAGACUCGUCGAUUACUACUCAAACAGAUAAAUUGUCCAUGGAUGUUCCUGUGUCUGACCCAGCUGAGACUGAUGAAAUCUACGAUCCUCAAAUAAUAAGCCCUUAUGAAAAUGUUCCUUCCCAAUCUUUUUUCUCCAGUGAAGAAAGCAAAACCCAAACAGAUGCAGGACACACAAGUUUUCACUCUUCUGAAGUGUAUUCUGUUCCCAUCAAAUCCUCUGUCGAAGAUGUAGUGGUAACAAGCUCCUCCAGUGGAACUAUUUCAAGUGAAGAAUCUAAUUUUGAGAACCAAAAUAUGGAAAAAGAAUCCAAACAAGAAAGCACCUUGUGGGAACCUCAAUCAGAGAAAGGCCCCUCAUCUUUAGAGCCUUCUAUACCAAAUACAGCAGCAGUCGUUGGUGAACAAAUUAGCAAAGUCAUCAUCACAAAAACCGAUGUGGAUUCUGAUUCCUGGAGUGAAAUCCGUGAGGAUGAUGAAGCCUUUGAAGCUCGAGUGAAAGAGGAAGAGCAGAAGAUAUUUGGUUUGAUGGUAGACAGACAGUCACAGGGCACCACCCCUGACACCACUCCUGCAAGGACCCCAACUGAAGAGGGGACUCCAACCAGUGAGCAAAAUCCAUUUCUCUUUCAGGAAGGAAAAUUGUUUGAGAUGACCCGAAGUGGUGCCAUUGAUAUGACCAAAAGGUCCUAUGCAGAUGAAAGUUUUCACUUUUUCCAAAUUGGGCAAGAAUCCAGGGAAGAGACUCUCUCUGAAGACAUGAAAGAAGGGAGUCCUGCGGCUGAGCCCCCACAACGGGAGACAUCAGCUGAGUCACUAGCUCUCUCGGAAUCAAAAGAAACAGUGAGUGAUGAAGCAGACUUACUUCCAGAUGACCUGAGUGAGGAAGUAGAGGAAAUACCUGCUUCAGAUGCUCAACUUAACUCCCACAUGGGGAAUUCAGCCUCCACUGAAAUAUCAACAGAAGAGGCUCCUUCUGUAGGAGCUGAGGACCUCCCCACCAUGCAUAUGGGGGAUAUGCCUCCUAAGUCCAGUGUGAAACAUACAUCUUGCCCUGACUCCCCUGAACCAGUCAUACAAGUUCAGUUAGAUUUUUCCACAGUUACUAGGUCUGUAUAUUCAGAUCGGGAUGAUGAUUCUCCUGAUUCUUCCCCAGAGGAACAGAAAUCAGUAAUUGAAAUCCCUACUGCACCCAUGGAGAAUGUGCCUUCUACUGAAAGCAAAUCCAAAAUUCCUGUAAGGACUAUACCCACGUCAGCCACAGAGCCUCCAUCUGUGGAGUAUGAGAAUUCCCUUUCUGAAGAUUUUUUACCCAGCCUGGAUGAGGAAAGUAAAGAGGAUGAAACGAAACCAAAGUCUAAAAUCCCCGUGAAAGCACCUGUCCAAAGAGUAGAGCAGCAGCUUUCGCAUCUAGAUUCAUCUCUCCAGAAAACAGUGGCUCCUCAGGGUCAGGACAUGACAAGCAGAGCACCAGAUAGUAGAAGCAAAUCUGAAUCUGAUGCCAGUCCUUUGGACUCAAAGACCAAAUGUCCAGUAAAAACUAAAAGUUACACUGAGGCAGAAACAGAAAGCAGAGAGAGGGCAGAGGAGCUUGAGUUAGAAUCAGAAGAGGGGGCCGCAAGACCAAAGAUAUUUACAUCCCGAUUGCCAGUUAAGAGCAAAAGCAACACAUCUUCCUGCAAGGGGGCUGUGAGCCCCACAAAAGAAAGUAAGGAGCAUUUCUUUGACCUUUACAGGAACUCCAUAGAAUUCUUUGAGGAGAUUAGUGACGAGGCUUCAAAGUUAGUAGAUAGGCUUACCCAGUCAGAAAGGGAACAAGAAUUAGUUUCAGAUGAUGAAAGUAGUAGUGCCCUGGAAGUUUCAGUAAUUGAAAAUCUGCCACCUGUUGAGAACGAGCAUUCAAUUCCUGAGGACAUCUUUGACACAAGGCCCAUUUGGGAUGAGUCCAUUGAGACUCUGAUUGAACGCAUCCCUGAUGAAAAUGGCCAUGACCAUGCUGAAGAUCAACAGGAUGAGCAGGAACGGAUCGAGGAAAGGCUGGCUUAUAUUGCUGAUCACCUCGGCUUCAGCUGGACAGAAUUAGCAAGAGAACUGGAUUUCACUGAGGAGCAAAUUCAUCAAAUUCGAAUUGAGAAUCCUAACUCCCUCCAAGACCAGAGUCAUGCACUAUUGAAGUACUGGCUGGAAAGGGAUGGGAAACAUGCUACCGAUACAAGUCUCAUUGAAUGUCUCACCAAGAUCAACCGAAUGGAUAUUGUUCAUCUCAUGGAGGCCAGCACAGAGCCUCUCCAGGAGCGCAUCAGUCAUAGCUAUGCAGAAAUUGAACAGACAAUUACACUGGAUCAUAGUGAAGGGUUCUCAGUACUUCAAGAGGAACUAUGCAGUGCACAGCACAAGCAGAAAGAGGAGCAAGCUGCUUCUAAAGAAAGCGAGUCCUGUGAUCACCCUCCCAUUGUCUCAGAGGAAGACAUUUCUGUCGGUUAUUCUACUUUUCAGGAUUGCAUCCCCAAAACUGAGGGGGACAGCUCAGCAACAGAGCUCUUUCCCCAAACUCACAAGGAGCAAGUUCAACAGGAUUUCUCAGGGAAAAUGCAAGACCUGCCUGAAGAGUCAUCUCUUGAAUGUCAGCAGGAGUACUUUGUGACAACCCCAGGGACGGAAGUGUCAGAGACUCAAAAGCCUACGGCUAUAUCUGGCUCUCAAAGCAAGACACCUGAGGAAAUCAGUACCCCUCCUGAGGAGGAGAGGCCACACCUCCAGACUCCAACAUCUAGUGAGCAGGGCGACUCUCCCAUCGUACAGGAACCCGAAGAGCCCCCAGAACAUAAGGAGGAGAGUUCUCAGAAAACUAGCCUUGUGAUAGUGGAGUCUGCUGAUGACCAGCCACAGGCCCUUGAAAGAUUCGAUGACGAUGCAGCUUUCCAUAAGAAUGACUUUGAAAAAGGACAGUGUACCUCAACUUAUCGUGGUUCAGAAUGUCAGAAUAAGGAGCAGAAACUUACUUAA